CAUACAGGUGUGCUUGGACAUUUAUUGUUGUUGUGAUGAUUAUUUGGGGUUAGGCGGGGAUCGUGCGUGUACUGCGUGGAUGUUUGUCUGUUUGGCGUCACGGGGAAAGGAGCGCGCACAGCAGCGCAGCGGCGGCUUCGCUCUGCACUGAAAAACCGUGCAACUGGGGCAUGCGUUCACUUUACACAGCGGACCAACAAGCUGGUGGAGACCGUGGCGGAUUCACGAGAAUACCGCGACGUGUCGAUUUUCUGUAAUAAACACCGGAUUACUGGAGGUGGGUUCGGGGAAGAUUUGGGGUGUUUAGCGAUAAGGAAACGUAGAAAUCACAAAUGUGAAAAGGUGCGCUUUACCUCGGGCUUUUUUUUUUCUCUUUUCUUUCUUCCUCUUCCACCUUUGAUAAUCUGAUUUUCGUCCGGAUCCAGUGAAAAUGCAGCCUGUACCUGGCAGAUGUGUGGCACCACAGCUGCAGCCUACAGAUCUGCUGUGGUUGGCUGUGGAGGACUGAGAUUGCUAAAGCUGCAAAUCACAUCAUCAGCAUCAUCAGCAUCAACAUCUGCCACUUCAAACGCGACAAGACACAGGAGGACGCAGGCUGCUUUUUUCAUGAUCAAAGACGGAGAAGUCAGAAAGUACCUGUAGACGAUGACUCCAGCGGAGCUGUUUGCUUGAAAGCAGCAUGAGAUAACUGGGGGCUGCCACGCUAAUCGCUGAUUCAAGCUUUUUUCCCGUUUGGCAAUGAUGAAAAAGCCCCUCUUUGUCAGCUGACUGACAGGGUCGCAGUGGUGCUCUAGCACAGGACGUUGCUAGCAGCUGAAGCGCAGACACCACAGAGGAGAUGGCUCGUCCGGGAUCCGGGUUGCUGGUGCCCGUAAAUGGGCUGGGGUACCCCCCUCAGAACCUCGCCAGGGUGGUGGUCUGGGAAUGGCUGAACGAACAUGGACGCUGGAGGCCCUACACCGCAGCAGUUUGCCACCAUAUAGAAAACGUGCUGAAGGGGGAUGCCCGGGGAAGUGUAGUUCUAGGACAGGUGGAUGCUCAGCUCUCUCCUUACAUCAUCGACCUGCAGUCCAUGCACCAGUUUCGACAAGACACAGGCACCAUGAGACCAGUCCAGAGGAACUUCUAUGAUCCGUCAUCUGCCCCAGGGAAAGGUGUGGUGUGGGAGUGGGAGAACGAUAAUGGCUCGUGGACGCCGUACGACAUGGAGAUCUGCGUGACCAUCCAGAACGCCUAUGAGAAGCAGCAUCCCUGGCUGGACCUGACCUCUCUGGGCUUCUGCUACCUCAUCGACUUCAACAGCAUGUCUCAGACCAACAGGCAGAGCCAGAGAAAGAGACGUCUGCGGAGACGCAUGGACCUGGCCUACCCACUCAUCAUGGGCUCCAUCCCCAAGUCCCAGUCCUGGCCUGUGGGCGCCAGCUCUGGCCAGCCCUGCUCCUGCCAGCAGUGCAUCCUGGUUAACAGUACAAGAGCUGCCUCUAAUGCCAUCCUGGCCUCCCAGAGACGUAAACCCCACGGGGGGACGGCGGGCAACGCAGGCGCCGCAGGGACCCAUACCGUAGUGCGGCAGAGCAACACCUUUGCCGGUACUUCGUUUUGGUCUCCAACAUCCAGCUCCACUGGCACAAACAACAAUAACAUUAGCCUGGGAGGUGGACAAGCUAAAGCUGAACAGGUGCAGUUGCCACUGUCUGCUGCCAACUUUCCCUGUUCCCCCGUGAUGCCAUCUCUUUCAUCUGCCCAUGGCCACCACACUCUCACCAUUAACGGACAGAACAAUCUGAACCGUCCGGGCACCCAGCGCAUUUCCGUGGGGACUGCCAGAGGAGCCAUCCCAGCAGGGGUUCCUGCACUCCCAGUUAAAAACUUGACUGGUUCUGGACCAGUGCACCCAGCCUUAGCAGGUAUGACAGGUAUCCUGAUGUGCGCUGCAGGUCUGCCUGUUUGCCUGACUCGCGCACCAAAACCUAUACUGCACCCACCCCCCAUCAACAAGAGCGACAUGAAACCUGUGCCAGGAAUCAACGGCAUGCGCCGCAAAACCAAGAAAAAGCACCUAAGAAGAGGAAAAAACCCAGAAGAUGUGGUGCGAAGAUACACUGAGAAGAUUAAAGUGGUUCCAGAUGAGGACUGUACCAUCUGCAUGGAGAGGCUGGUCAUGUCAUCCGGCUAUGAAGGCGUCCUGCAGCACAAAGGCAUCAAGCCAGAGCUGGUGGGCAAACUUGGCAAGUGUGGGCACAUGUACCAUCUGCUAUGCCUGGUGGCCAUGUACAACAAUGGCAAUAAGGAUGGCAGUCUUCAGUGCCCAACGUGCAAAACCAUCUAUGGGGAGAAAACAGGCACGCAGCCCCCCGGGAAGAUGGAGUACCACGUCAUACCACACUGCUUGCCAGGCUACCCAGACUCAAAGACCAUCCGCAUUGUCUAUGAUAUUCCUGCCGGGAUCCAGACCAAUGAGCACCCCAACCCUGGGAAGAAGUUCAGUGCCAGAGGGUUCCCUCGACACUGCUACCUCCCCGACAACGAGAAAGGCAGGAAGGUCUUGAAGCUGCUGAUCAUGGCCUGGGACCGACGCCUCAUCUUCACCAUUGGCACAUCCAGCACCACGGGCGAAUCGGACACCGUGGUGUGGAACGAGAUUCAUCACAAGACGGAAUUUGGCUCUAACCUGACCGGUCACGGCUACCCCGACCCCAACUACUUGGACAACGUCUUGACAGAGCUGUCGGCCCAGGGGAUUGGCGAGGACAAUCUAAAGGACUGAUGGCCAGCAGAACUGGUACACUGAAACAAAACCUCCCAUGCCCCGCUAUCUCCCAGAGAGCGGGGACACUGCACGACGGGCAACAUGCGGCCGACAACGCUUUACUCCCCACAAACCAAAAUAUCCUGCAGAAAGGGUGGUUUUUGGUUUGUGUAACACAGGCAAUCUCCCUCCCCCCUGCUGUCUCUAGAUCCAUGCCUUGAGCAAGUUUUGUCUGUUGGCAAAGUCUCUCAAAGUGUAAAUGAUGCAAAGAGAUUCUUUUCUGAAUGUUGGGACCUUGAGGUGAAAGGUAUUUAUCCCUUUUUCGAGUCAAACUGAUGCUGUUCUUUGGCACUCAAAGAAAAAUGACAAGGGGCUAAUAACUGUACACAGGCAUAUCUGUAAAACGCUGAACUCCAGAAUGCAUGGCCCCGACUAACAUAAUGAAAGUCGAGCAAACACACGCGACAGGGUGAGCUGUCAGCGGAUCAGCUGUUGCUUGGUAUUAUGAAGAUUUAAGAAAAUCGCAAAGAAAUCCAAAUUAAUUAUUUCCCUCCCCCCCCAGUUUACUUUUUUAGUGAAUUCAUUACAAACGUUGGUUGUGCAUUUUCGAAAAAGCAGGUCAUGGCUCCGGAGUGAUGUCAUUUAUGGUUAAUCUGAUAUUUUCCACUUCUGAUAGGUCAGUGUAUUUUAUUUUCUACGUACGGAAGUAUGUUCUGUAGUGCAUGAAGUAGAUUCCAGAGAGCUUAAGAUUUAGAAGAUUAUUGGUGUUUGGUAACAAUUGUGUGUUGUAUGUUUAACCUUGUGGACAGUCUGUGAGAGGAGACAUAAAAUAAGAUGAAACAAGCUCUGCUCCAAGGUUUAACUCAUUUGUUUAGUUGACACACUGAUGACGAUGACCUCUGUGAAUAAAAAGGCUGCAUUAUUAUUAUUCCUGUUGGAGCGAACCCAGGCGCUGGCACAAUCCAUCAUGCUGACCGUACACAAGGGAUGAGCGUGCAAUCGCGUGCUCGGAGGCAUUAAUAAGCUGGCUUUAAGUCCUUGAGGAGAGAAGCUGAACACACAGAUGGACGUUCCUCUGUCUUUCAAACACCAACAGCUUUCCCUUAGAGAUCCAUUUUCGGGGGAGCUCCUCCGCUCGCCUGCAGUCUCUUGUGAGCUUGUUUGCCGUUUGUUGGCGUUGUACUUGGCUCAAGUGCCCGCACAGUGAGCAGCUGAGCCUCGGAAACGAGCAGCAUCUCGUCGCCUUCGUGAGCUCACUUUGGAGUCUUUGGGGCGCUUCCCGAUGUAUCUGUUCACCCCCGCUUUCCGCCUCCUCCUCAGCUGUGGAGCACUCGUUCUACAAACCAUGCAAAUGUUGGUCGAGUGUGUUGUUGGCUGGGGACUAUUUUUUCCAAGGCCCCCCCCCACCCCCCUUUAGACUUAGUGCCCGCGAGAUAAAGACUUUUCGAAGGUCCUCGGUGGAGAUCUUGUGAUGUUUAUUUACUCUGCGAUAAAUUAUAACCCAGAGCUGCAUAAUUCUCCAUAGAUAUGUCUGAUCAAUUUUAAUGAGCGGGAGCGUUGGUGUCAGGUUUAUUAAGGGGUCACCCAGCAGCGGGCUUGAUUUUGGGGUUAAUCAUAGUCUUCCAUAGCACUUUGAGGCAACAUUUUUGUUGAUUAAGUCAUUUGGUUUUUAGAAAAAUGUCUUAAAUUGCAACUUAAUCUUUUUUUAAGUUGAUGUUUAUAAACUGGCUUGCGAUGCUUUAACUAUAUAUAUAUGAAUAUAUAAAAUAUAUUUGCAGAUGUGAUAUACCUUUAAAUUUAAACUCAAUUUGAGUCAAUGGUGUAAGUUUAAUUUAUUUUUAUACUCUUCUAUAUAGAAAAUAUACAGAUUGUCCCACAUAUCUGUACACAGGCACACGAACAUGAAUACAUAAAAUCUGGCAAAAAAUUUUGUCAGGAUGUCAGGGACUGAAACAUGUAUGACUUGUUAUGGACGUCUUAUAUUGCAAGUAGUCUUAGCGUAUUCUGCUGUCAUGACCUUAAUGUAGACCUUGUGUAGUUGAUCCCCGUGGGACACAAAUAAAUACAGUAAAUGUGUCUUUGGUAUUGGUGGGGCAGCUUUAGCGGCAUGAAGAUGGCCCAUGUUGGCCUUUUUUUUUACGUUCCGUGGGAACGGAUGUUGUCAGCCAUUUUUUGUUAAAGCUGAAGGUGAAAACAGCCUGGGUUCAAGAUCAAAUCACAAAAUAUUCUUAAGAGUUUGUUUAAGCGGGUGAGGUUUCUCUUAGUUAGGUGCGAGUCACAAACACAAGAAUACACAGAGUUCGUCACUUUAAAUUCUUCCCCUCCCUCCUGCAGUGCCAUGUCAGUACUAGUUCAGAACUAGUUUUGCAUUAUAUACUGUUGCGCGGCAGAAAAAGAGGAAAUCACAGCCGACAGGAUCUGCGGGCUACAUCUGCAAAUCAUCCGUGAAUUUCUUGCUGUGGAGCCUCCCGUUGCCACUGACAGCUAUUUUGUUGUGGCGAGGCAGUGCCUGCUUUUUGGCUCCAGUACCAGUCCCAUUUUAUUAUGAGAGAAACAUGAAAAAGCUUUCUGCAUCAAGCGCUAGCACCACAUCAGUGGAAAAGUGCUACUUCUAACUCUCGCAUCAAAGCACAGCAGUGUGGAAAUAUACAUUUAAAUGUCAGUGAUGCCUCAGUCGCAGCCACUGUGUUGGUAAAGAGAAUUUGCACAUGCAUAUGCAUACCCAGUGUGUUUGUCGGGACUCCAUUUACAUCUGCAAUUAAAAUAAUCACAGCUGUUUGGUUUGCAACUGUAGUCUAAGCCAGAUACAUGGAUUAAUUAUAAAACUCUUUUCAUACAAAAGAUUUGAUCUCAUAUAGAUAUUAGGAAAGAUAUUUAAAUCAAAUAUAAUUUAAUAUGCACUGCUCAAAAAAAUUAAAGUAAGACUGAAAACACGUCAGAUAUCAACAGCAAAAAAGUUAUGCUGGAUGUUUACACUGAUAUGGACUCCAUAAUGUGUUAGGAAUGAAAGGAUGCCACAUCAUUUGAGGGAAAUUAAAAAUAGUACUCAGGACCCAGUGCACCAGCGUAGGGUCUGACAGUGGGUCCAAGGGAUUUCACGCUGAUAACUGAUCAGGGUGUCAUUGCCUGACCUGUAGAAGUCAGUGCGUCCCUCAGAUCAUCACUGACACAACACCAAACUGAUGAUGCUAAACAGUGUUACAGACACCAUGGACCUGCCAGUUCGGGCAUUCUAUGGCAAAUGCCAUUUGGGCUCCAAAGUGCUGGGCAGUGAGCAUAGGCUCCUGUAGAUCCCUCCUAUCAUGCCUCCUAUCAGAGGCAUGCACACCAGUGCUCUGCUGGAGGUCAUUUUGCAGGUCUGGAAGUGCACAACUGUUCUUCCUUGCAAAAAAGGAGCAGAUACGGGUCCUGCUCAUGGGUUAAGGACCUUCAAGGCCAUGUCCGACUCUCCUAAAGUAACUUCUGGACUCCUGAGCCAGUGAUGGGAGACACAGCAAACCUUCUGGCAGUAGCACAUAUUGAUGCACAACCUCAGAGGAGCUGGACUACCUGUGCAACCUCUGCAGGUUAAUGCAACCCCUAAUGGAAAAGUAGUGAAAAAAACUGUCAGAAAAGAUGAUGAGGGAAAAUGUUUAUCUGUAAAAGUCUCAUUAUUGCCCCUCUAGUGCAGCUGUUAUUAAUUUCAUUGACACCAAAAAGGUGAAACGUGGUUAAAAAUAACGACCGCUGCUGCAUAACUGAUCGGAUCAAUAUCCCAGAAGUUUAUCUGACUUGAUUCUGUACUCUGAAGAGUGUUCCAUUAACUUUUUUUGAGCAGUAUAUUUAAAACAGAUUACUGACCGGCUUCAUAAUUCAGUCUCAAUGAAACUUCUACUCAAAUUUUUUUCUUGAAAAAUCUUAAUAAAUAUCGCCACACAUUACUAAAAUUGCAUAUGCAUCCACGGACUACCCAAAGUUUCAUCUACAUAUAGCAUACACCAUCAGCCUAUUUCAGCUGGCCACAUCCCUGCUGCAGUGUGGCAAAGCUGAAGACACAAAGUGGUGUGAGCUGUUUAUCCCAAACUUCUAAAUAUAUUUUAAUGUCUUUUGUUAUUCUGUUAAAGUCCACUUGCACUAGAUGAGUAGUGGAGCCUGUGUUGUCUGUGAACUAGCAUCUCCAUUUUUCAAAAAGGACACUUUUGUGGCUCUUGCUUCUCAGGCAUGAAUUUUCUUGAAUGCAGCUGUUGUUAACCUUCAAAGAGAGCUCUUCUUCGCCCAGGAGCAACAAACAAAAGAUUUAGAAUCUAUCCAAGGUCACAACAAUCACUGUAAUCACUUUUUUAAAAAGGGUUAAGGCAUUAAAAUACCACUGGGUUGUGUGCAUACAGCAGGAUGCCAACAGAAACUGCUGGAUUACUUUAAAACAAGGUUUCAUUAUGCAUGUGAAUCAGCCUGCUGAAAACUGCUCCUCUGUAAAACAAGCUGUCAUUGUGUAGCUUUUAGCUACAGUAAGCUCUUAAAACCCAAAGACUGGCAGAUGCUACAACUCGCUUGUGAUUACUGUGGAGCAUUUAGCAGCUAAAGUGCUGGGACUUUUCAUUCAUCAGGAGGACAGGAUCAUGACUCUAAAUGAAUCGUGAGCGAAUCACUGUCCUUAAGACCAAAUAAGCCAGUUGUUGCAGAUUUAAGUAUUAAUAUCUGUUUAAAUACUUUAAACCUGUAUAUUUAUUUUCAGGCUCUUUUAGCCACAGCUCUGUGUUUGUGGUAUGGUAUGUGAUAAACAAACUAUUAAGAGUAUUUCUGAGUGAUUUUUGACCCAGGUGCUGAAAACAUUCACAUUUUUGGCCUACGUCAACUUUUCUCCUUCGCACAUUUGUGACACCCUUUAUACAAUGGGACAGCAAAAGAGAAUGCUACCGAUCUAUCAGGGAACUUUUCCAUGUGAAGUGAAAUUUCGUUCACUAGAGAAAUCCAAAUGUUCGCUUCUUCAGCUUUUUCCUUUUCCACGUGUCGGUCUUGUAGUGUGAACGACGCCCGGCCCUUUAGACUUUUCAGGUGUGUACAGAUCUAUGUGGGAAUGAUGUAUAAAUCAAGGUUUUGGUAUUUGUCCGGUUAAACAAGAAGGAGGUGGUUUUUAUGCAAUUUACUAUUUUUAAAACCUAAUACAUGAUUUACGUGUAGCAAGAAGAAGGUUGAUUGUUUUUGGUUCAAAAUGACAAUGGAUGUUUUCUUUAUGGGGCGCCUACCUCUGCGUUUCUAAACAGAGAGGUUGCAAUCCAAGGAUGUUCACAUGCUAUGUAUAAAAAAAACAUAUAUUUUUGAUGUCUUUUUUUUUCAAUGAUUGUCUCUAAAAAGAACUAUUAUGUAACAUUUGCUGUAUUGCUCUUCAUCCCAUGCUAUUCCAUUAGAGGUUAGAGGUGGGAUCGGGGAUGAAGUUACUUUGUCCUAACGUAUGAAGUAUAUAUGAAGUUGUACUCUCGUAGUGUCUACUGCAAACUGUACUUCUCUAUCUAAAUGAUACCGUACCAUUUUUCUGUGGCUAUGCUGUACGUUUGUAUCCGUCCGUGUGAGCGUGUGUGAAAGUGGGAGUCUCGUAGACAAAGCUUAGGUUCAUGUCCUUUAAAGAUGCCGUAACGUUUCUUAGAGGUGCAUGUUAACCAAACAGUGAGCAAGCGUAUUGACAGUGCAGAGUUUUUCUUGUUUUUUGCAUAUGAAAACAUGUGAGCUUCUGUAGAAACCCCACCCUGGUUUUCUGGUGGUUAGCACUGUGGUUCUGAAACUUAUUCCUAUUAGUUAGGGAUUUUCCCUUUUUAUCUCUUAUCCCCCCCUCCCCCCGGAUUGGCUUUGAUUUACACAAAUGAGGAAACGAUAGCGUUUGGCUGCUUUCCCCACUCUUUCCACGACAUGUAAAACAUCUGAAGUUUUUCAAUUUGAGUGCCCAUUUUAAAUGACCUUUCCAAGUCACUCUUUUUGUUGUUUAAUCUUAGGCGGCGUCUGCAUAUUGUUAUUUAAAAUGGUUCACGUGGACAAACUGAGAUAAACUAAAAGCAAGAUAUACAGAGACAUUGAUUUAACUAUAAAGGGCUUCUUAAUCUAUUGGUCUUUAAUGAAUUGUGAUGACCUUGUUGCAUGUUUGUGUGUUUUGUUGUGGAAAAAUAAAUGUGCCCUUGACAGGGGUAGUGU